AUGAGCUGGAACGGCGGGUACAACUCCAGGGAUUUCGAUCAAGAAAAUGGAGCGAAACAUUCCCGCGAAGAGCGAGAAGAAAUUCAUCCAGAUCUGGUCCCAUUGAAAAAUUUCCUAUCCCAAAUGAAGGCACACCUGAAAGCCCAAAAGAUGGACAAGGAAGAGCAAGGCCUGAUGAUCUCGAAUGUAUUGAAACAAACCGCCGGCAAAGAAGCGUUACUCACGAAAAGUGACUCCUAUCACCUGAAUGGCAACGUGGCCCAAUUUCUGGCCCAGUGUACGGAGCCGAAAGUCGUGGCGAGGUUCAUGCAAGCCUUCAAUUUGGAGAAAGUGAUACCGAGCCACAAAACUAUGAAAAUAUUCGAGGCUCUUGUCGAUGCUGCGAUGAACUUCUUCAGAAACCCGGCAGAGUUCGAAUCUGAGGACGAUGAAGAGGCUUCGGAUGUGGAUUAUGGCGCCGUUUUCAUUCGAUGGCUUAAUUCUCUGGCUCUUCACGUUAUGGACAAGAUCGAGAUAUUUCUGAACGAAGAAACGCUUGUCAUGCAGAGAGUUCUCUGUAUGAUAUGCGGGAAACGCUUCGUGAAGUCUUUCGCUGACGGAGUGGAUUCUGAGACUCUAGGGAUCGCGUCGGACUUGGAAAAGGUACGCGAGAGGUACUUCCAUUACCUAACGAAGGAGGCAGAUCUCGAGUCUCUGAUGCGAAAUCCGCAAGCUCGCUUCGUAGUUGCACUAUCGGUCUGUCUGGCGGCGUCGAUGGGAAUGAGGAAAGUUUUCAAAAGGUUCCUCAAACUGAUUUCUGGGGAAAAUGCUGAGUCUAUCCUGCUAUGCGAAGAAUCAUUCAUCGUAGUGGACGCCAUCUUGAGGAAUUCGUCCACGUUCGAUCUACAGCGCAAGUGCUCUGAAAAGAUCCUGGAGAUGGCCGACAAAGUUUCCGAGACGAACCCAGGAAUUAUCACUGGAAUGAUUGCAGGUCUCAAGGACAAAGACGAGUUCGUCGACUUAUACGAGAAAUUAUCGGGGAAAUUCACUCUCGAGCUCCUCACGAAAAAGGCUGAGUUGGCUUCAGCCUGUCUGAGAUUCGACAUGAAGCAAAACGAUUUCUUGGAUAAAUUAUACGCUCAAAUGAAGCUGAAAGAGCCGGGUGAAGAGAACUUCAUUUUCCUCGUCAGGCACCUCGGUCUUUUCCAAGUUUUCAAGGUCAUCUGUAACUUCAAAGCUAAUCAGAAAGUCUUGAAGGCGCUCGACGACCUUUCGUCGCAGGAGCUGAUGAAUUUGGCGUGCAGUUCUCAUGUGAACCUACUCGAGGCCAUCAUAUCGAGUGAAAGAAUCGGGGAGAAAGUCAAAUUGAAGAUGUUGAUCAAACUCACCGAUAAAUUCCAGAACAUAGCGGUCGACAAGUUUGGAAGCCGACUCAUGGACGCGGUAAUCAUACAAUGCCAAGUGAAGACUCUGAGAGUUGUCGCCGGAGAGCUGGUCAAACACAAGAAGACCCUUCUCGGAGACCGGAUCGGGAAAUUCGUCUUUCUCCAUUGGGGCCUGAAGUACUUCGAAGAUAACAACAAAGAAGCAUGGGACAAUGUGAUUUCCCACAGCAAAAACCGAAAGCGACAGAAACUUCUUUCUCUGCUCUCAUUGUAAAAUCACUGAAGGAUACAGGGGAAGAGAGUUGCUCAGAAUCCGCUUCCGCUCUACGGGAAUCGCGUUUUCGUUGUGGAACUCUAUUGAAUAACAUACGCAUGUAAAUGAAUUGAAUAUAUAAACAUUACGUUGUU